AUGACAGCAGAAAAAAUUGUUGAAUAUAUAACACAAUGGCUUAAAAAUUAUCAACAAAGUAGUUUUUCUAAAGGUUUUGUUAUUGGUGUAUCAGGUGGAAUAGAUUCAGCUGUUGUAUCAACAUUAUGUGCUCGUACUGGUGCACCUGUACUUGUUAUUGAAAUGCCAAUUCGACAAUCAUCAACUGAAAUACAACGAAGUCGAGCACAUAUUGAAUGGCUUUCAAAAAAAUUUCCAAAUGUAACAGGUGGUGAAGUUAAUUUAACUGAUGUUUUUGAAACUUUUGAAAAAACAGUUAAAGCAAAUCCAAUUAAUGAAGAAAAUUCUUAUUCAGAGGUUGCAUUUGCUAAUAUGAGAUCACGUUUAAGAAUGGUUAAUUUAUAUUAUUUUGCUUCACUCAAAGGUUACCUUGUUGCUGGUACUGGUAACAAAGUUGAAGAUUUUGGUGUUGGUUUCUUUACAAAAUAUGGUGAUGGUGGUGUUGAUAUAAGUCCAAUCGCUGAUUUAAUGAAAUCUGAAGUACGUGCUGUAGCUGCUGCAUUAGGUGUUUCACAAGAAAUCAUUAAGGCACCACCAACUGAUGGUUUAUUUGGUGAUACAAGAACAGAUGAAGAUCAAAUUGGUGCUACAUAUGAUGAACUAGAAUGGGCUAUGGAUCAUCUUGAUUUAGCUAAUACAAAACAAGGAGAAGCAACAUUAACUGAUCGACAAAAACAAGUUAUUGAAAUUUAUAAUAAACGACAUAAUGCGAAUUUACAUAAAAUGGUUGAAAUUCCACGUUGUAUUAUUCCACCGGAAUUAAAAGGAAAACAACCAUAA